AUGACAGUCUCCGAACUCAAAAUCCAGGAGCCAAUCACGCUCCCAUGCGGUCUCACGCUCCCCAAUCGGCUUUCCAAAGCCGCCAUGGCUGAAAACUGGGCAGACAAGGAGUAUCUUCCUAGUGAAAGCGUGCUCAAGUUGUAUGAAACGUGGGCAGAGGGUGGAUGGGGAUCAGUCCUCACAGGCAAUGUUCAAGUAGAUGUGAGAUAUCUCGGCAGUACCUGGGAUGUUAGCCCCGAUGAGACCAUCGACAGGGAGAGGACCCUCGCUUCAUGGAAGAAAUGGGCAAAGUCGAGCUCCAAUAAUGGCACUCCUAUCAUCAUGCAAAUCAACCACCCAGGACGGCAAAGCCCUGGCUCUACCGGCAAGAGGGGAUUCUUUGAGAAGUCGAUUGCUCCCAGCGCAAUCCCGCUGCAUUUAGGAGAUGGCAUUGUUGCCAAGCUCGCCUCUGCAAUCAAGUUUGGCACACCAAAAGAGAUGACGGUUGAGGAUAUUCAGCACGUUAUUGCUCGUUUUGUUGAGACUGCCAAGCUGGCGGCUGAAGCGGGCUUCGCAGGCGUUGAGCUCCACGCGGCUCACGGUUAUUUGUUGUCUCAGUUUCUGAACCCUGCGUCUAACCAUCGCCAGGAUGAGUUUGGCGGAUCGCCCAGAGCACGAGCCAAGAUCAUUGUCGAUAUUAUCAAGGCCGUAAAAGAGGCUGUUCCCAAGAGCUUCUGCGUCGGCAUCAAGUUGAACAGUGCAGACUUCAGGAACAAAGAGCAGCUUGCGGCUUGCAUCGAGCAGUUGGAAGAUAUCACAGGCGCCGGCGUCGACUUCCUUGAGAUCAGCGGCGGUUCGUAUGAAGACCCAGAGAUGAUCCAAGGGCCAAAGUCAGCCAGCACUCUGUCUCGCGAAGCUUUCUUCCUUGACUUUGCAAAGGAGAUCCGUGGGAGAUUCAGACAUGUUCCAUUAAUGGUAACGGGCGGCUUUCGCAGCCGUGAGGCUAUGGAGAGCGCACUUCGAGAGGACGCGUGCGACAUCGUUGGCAUUGGUCGGCCUGCCGUGCUCAAUCCCACUUUGCCCAAAAACUUGAUCUUCAACAAGGAGGUAAAGAGCGAAGAUGCGAAGGCAUAUGCCAGAAAAGCGCCGGAUUUGCUGCUUCCAAAACUUCUGGGCAUCAAGAUUAUGGCUGGAGGAGCUGAGACGGAUUGGUAUAUGAAGCAAAUGCGGUCGAUAUAGACAGCGUUUCAAUUCUUUCUUUUGUUAACC